UAUGUUGCACACUAAUGCUAAAUAACAUGGGGAAGCUGAUCUUAAGCUGUAUGUCCUGAUUAUGAAUACCGGCCUAAUAAUUUAAUAAUAUUAGUUUUUUUGUGCAUUCAUCUAAUACAUAAAUUUUGUUGUUAAUUAGUAAAUUCUAUACUUAAGCAAUUAUUAAAAUUUAUUUUUUAAUUGUUGCUGAUUUAUUGACGAAGAACACGUAGCGUCUUAAACAGCCCCACUCCACCUUAAUGUAUUAUUUUUAACGGUGUGAUCAUUUAAGACUAAAAAUAUAUUGUGGUAUAAAUAAAAAUAUUGACUACAUGAUUGAUAACAUUUUUAAUAGUGAUUGUUUGAAGGAGAAUUUCCAAUUAUUUUGAUGUUCCACUUCUUACUCGUAUUGGGAAUGUAAAUCAUAAAUAAAAUUUUUAACUUAAUCAUUUCAUACUCAACUUCGCUUCUUCAAACAAUGUUAAUAAUAUCUUUCUUUAAGUUACCUUAAUUUGAUUAAAAAAAAAGUUAAUACUUGAACAAUUUUUUCUUAAACGCACUAUUUUAUAUAAGUACCGUAAACAUUUACGUGAUUCGAACUUAUAUACGCUUAAAAUAGCCUCUCUCUGUGUAAUAGUUGUCGGAGGUAAACUGAUGUCGGACUAUUCAAUACGCUAGUCUGGGUAACGAGUUCAUAAAAUAAUCCAUGAAAAUUAAUAUCUACAAUUAGAUCUUUUUGUACAUUAGCUAUCUAUAUUGGAAUAUUCAUUAAUUUAUGAAAAAUUAAUUAGAUAACAUUACAAUGGUAACCAGAAAAAUGUUAGUUGACUUUUCACUUAUUAUGGUUGGGAUUUCACUAGUAUAUGCUAGUAGAUUCGAAGAAUUUCAAGAUCAUUCUAAUGAAGAAUGUGCUGAUUAUACAUCUUUGUGUAAUCCCGGACAUACCAUACCGUGCUGUGAUGAACACUAUCAGUGUGUACUGAUAGAAUCGUUCAUGCAACAUUAUUGUGAGAUCAAUAGUCUUCUUGGAAUGUAUUGUGAAGACGAUGAAGAUUGCAUUACUGACCAUGCAAUUUGUUCUGAAUUUGAACAUAGAUGUACUUGUGAAGAACAUUACAUAACGGUGAACGACACUACAUGCGUCCCAGUUAUUGGUGGAUUUUGUAAGGACGAUAGUGAAUGCACGCCUGAUAAUUCUGUUUGUUUAGAUAAUGAAUGUCGAUGCAAAAAUAAAUUUAUAGCUGUAAAUAAUCAGGAAUGCGCGAAAAUUUAUUUAGAUCUGCCUUGUGAAGAAGAUGGAGACUGCUAUGAUGUUAAUCGUGCGAUGUGUUCUGAAAAUAAGAUUUGUACUUGCAAACAAAACAGUAUUGCAAACACUGAUGGACUAUGCAUAUCACUUAUAGAAGGAUUCUGUGAGAAAGAUCAUGAUUGUUUGCCUCUAAAUUCGGUUUGUAUGAAUAAUAAGUGUCAAUGCAAACGUUCAUUUAUAUCUUCAUUCAAUAAAGAGUGUGUAUUGUCAUACUUAAAUCAGUCUUGUAAAAACGAUCAAGACUGUCAUGACACCGAUCGUGCCAUGUGUUCCGAAGACAAAAUAUGUGUUUGUAGACCAAACCAUCUGGCAUUAAAUAACUCAACUUGUGUAUCAGUAAUAGGAGGAUUUUGUUGGCGAAAUGAAGAUUGUUCGCUCAGAAAUUCCAUUUGUAUAUUUGAUAAAUGCCGUUGUAAACCUGACUAUAGCGCUCAGUCCAAUCACCAGUGCGUGCGAAAAUUGGGGAUAUUCUGUGAACGCGAUGAGGAUUGUGAAGAAGUUAGGCAUACAAAGUGUUCAGAAAAUAAAACAUGUGUAUGCAGAGAUAAUAAUGUUUUAAUAAAUGAUUCGAAAUGUGUACCAGUGUUAGGAGGAUUUUGUUGGAAAAAUGAAGUAUGCGCAGCUACUAACUCGUUAUGUAUUAAUAAUGAAUGUCAAUGUAAAGCAAAUUUUGUUCCUGAAUCCAAAUUUCAAUGCAUAAAAGCAAUGUUAGGCAAUUUCUGUGAAGUGGAUACAGAUUGCCAAGAAGUACUACAUUCACAAUGUUCAAAAAAUAAAACAUGUGUUUGUAGCCCAAAUCACAUCGCAUUGAAUUUCUCUAGAUGUGCACCACUUUUAGAAGAAUAUUGUUGGAGUGAUGAAGAAUGUGCAACCAUUAAUUCUGUUUGUCUUCACAGUAAAUGUCAAUGUAAACAUAACUAUAUAGCUCAUUCAAAUAACCUGUGUGAAUCAAGGUCUUUAGGAAAACGGUGUACAGAUAAUAAAGAAUGCAUGUAUAUCGUAAAUGCGGAAUGUUCAAGAGAUAAUGAAUGUGUUUGUUCUCCAAAUUAUAUAAGAGUAAAUAAUCAAUGCAAACCACUUCUAUCAGGAUAUUGUAUGAGCCAAAAUGAAUGCGUACCUAGUCAUUCAAUAUGUCUUGAUUAUCAAUGUAGAUGUAAAGGAAAUUUUGUAGCCUUAUCUAUCUAUCAAUGUGCAUCAGUUCAAGUAAAUGAGCCCUGUAAUACCCAUGAAGAUUGCAGAAAGAUAAAGAAAUAUACACAAUGUACUUCGAAUAAAGUGUGCGAAUGUCGUUAUAACUACGUAAAAAUGGACGAUAAUUCAUGUGCGCCGAUUUUAAAUCAAUUUUGUUUUGAUAAUGAUAAAUGUGCACCUUCUAACUCUAUAUGUAUUAAUAAUAAAUGUCAAUGUAAAACUAAUUUUGAAGCAGUAUCACAUGAUGAAUGCCUACCAAGUCUUCUUGGAAUGUAUUGUGAAGACAAUGAAGAUUGCAUUACUGACCAUGCAAUUUGUUCUGAAUUUGAACAUAAAUGUACUUGUGAAGAACAUUACAUAACGGUGAACGACACUACAUGCGUCCCAGUUAUUGGUGGAUUUUGUAAGGACGAUAGUGAAUGCAUGCCUGAUAAUUCUGUUUGUUUAGACAAUGAAUGUCGAUGCAAAAAUAACUUUACAUCUGUAAACAAUCAAGAAUGCAUCAAAAUUUAUUUAGAUCUGCCUUGUGAAGAAGAUGGAGACUGCUAUGAUGUUAAUCGUGCGAUGUGUUCUGAAAAUAAGAUUUGUACUUGCAAACAAAACAGUAUUGUAAACACUGAUAGACUAUGCAUAUCACUUAUAGAAGGAUUCUGUGAGAAAGAUCAUGAUUGUUUGCCUCUAAAUUCGGUUUGUUUGAAUAAUAAGUGUCAAUGCAAACGUUCAUUUGUAUCUUCAUUCAAUAAAGAGUGUGCAUUGUCAUACUUAAAUCAGUCUUGUAAAAACGAUCAAGACUGUCAUGACACCGAUCGUGCCAUGUGUUCCGAAGACAAAAUAUGUGUUUGUAGACCAAACCAUCUGGCAUUAAAUAACUCAACUUGUGUAUCAGUAAUAGGAGGAUUUUGUUGGCGAAAUGAAGAUUGUUCGCUCAGAAAUUCCAUUUGUAUAUUUGAUAAAUGCCGUUGUAAACCUGACUAUAAGGCUCAGUCCAAUCAUCAGUGCGUGCCAAAAUUGGGAAAAUUCUGUGAACUAGAUGAGGAUUGUGAAGAAAUUAGGCAUACAAAGUGUUCAAAAAAUAAAACAUGUGUAUGCAGAGAUAAUAAUGUUGCAAUAAAUGAUUCGAAAUGUGUACCAGUGUUAGGAGGAUUUUGUUGGAAAAAUGAAGUAUGCGCAGCUACUAACUCGUUAUGUAUUAAUAAUGAAUGUCAAUGUAAAGCAAAUUUUGUUCCUGAAUCCAAAUUUCAAUGCAUAAAAGCAAUGUUAGGGAAAUUCUGUGAAACGGAUGUAGAUUGCCAAGAAGUAAUGCAUUCACAAUGUUCAAAAAAUAAAACAUGUGUUUGUAGACCAAAUCACAUCGCAUUGAAUUUCUCUAGAUGUGCACCACUUUUAGAAGAAUAUUGUUGGAGUGAUGAAGAAUGUGCAACCAUUAAUUCUGUUUGUCUUCACAGUAAAUGUCAAUGUAAACAUAACUAUAUAGCUCAUUCAAAUAACCUGUGUGAAUCAAGAUUCUUAGGAAAACGGUGUACAGAAAAUAAAGAAUGCCCGUAUUCCCGUAAUGCGGAAUGUUCAAAAGAUAAUUUAUGCGUUUGUUCUUCAAAUUCUAUUGAAGUGAAUGAACAAUGCAAACCACUUCUAUCGGGAUAUUGUACCAGCCAAAAUAAAUGCGUACCUAAUAAUUCAAUUUGUCUUGACUAUCAAUGUAGAUGUAAAAAGAAUUUUGUGGCCUCAUCUAUCUACCAAUGUGCACCAGAUGAGAAUAUUACGUUAUAAAUUGUAUUAAUUUAAUGUAUUCCAUUUGUUUCCAAAUAAUCUGAUUCAAUCAGAUAUAUUUACUCGUAUUGAUCAAAAAUAUACAUUAAAUGAAAAAUUUUUCCAUAAUUCAAGAGGCAUAUUUAAUUUAAGG